CACUUAUGGACGCCAUGUUUUCUCGCCUUCUCUUUCUCAUGACCAUUCUCUCUUUAUUUGCAGGGAGAGGCAUCGCAGACAAGGCUCGGGCAUUCUUUGUUUUCGGAGACUCUUAUGCCGACACGGGAAAUCGUAAUCCAUACAAUCAAUGUGUAAACGAGUCAUGGAGACGACCAUACGGUUUGACCUGGCCUGGCUAUCCUGCAGGAAGAUAUUCUUCUGGAAAAAUCCAGACAGAUUUUUGGGGGGAUAUUUUAGGGCUUUCCUCUCCCAUAGCUUAUGAGCUGCUCAGAAGUCAUGACUGUAAAGCAACUGCAAAGAAGAUUAGACGAGGAGUGAAUUUUGCAGUUGGAGGAAGUGGAAUAUUUCAAGCCUACGGUUUCAUAACGUUAGCACAACAGGUGAAACAGUUUAAGAAGCUGAUAGGACAAAGUCAUGAGUUCGACUCUCACAAGCUCUCGCAGUCUGUAGUUCUUAUCUCUCUUGUUGGUAACGACUACCUUGCAUUCCUUGAUAGCAGAAACGGCUCCAUUGAGGGAGUGACGGAUCUUGUGAAACCUGUGGUAAGCGGGAUAAUCGACGCUGUGAAAGAGUUGUAUGAAAGCGGGCUUAGGAAUUUUGUGGUGAGUAAUAUUGCUCACUUUGGGUGCGGGCGUCAGAUCGGCAAAACAUCCUGUGAUUCAAACUACGAUGACUUUUUAGCUCUUCAUACAAGAUUAUUGAGAGAGGGCAUAGAAAGCCUCAAAUCGGAUCUCAGGGAAUUGUCCAUCAUAAUUUCAGAUUUGAUGUCUGCGGUUAAUAAUAUCUUCUCCAGUCCUACACAAUUUGGUUUUGUGGAUUUGUUCGUCCCUUGCUGUGCUGAGAAAGGCGGGAUUGAAAGGUGUGGAGAGGUGGACGAAGUCGGCGGGGCUUUAUUUGAAGUGUGUUCAAAUGUAGAGGAAAAGUUUCAGUGGGAUAUGUAUCAUCCAACACAGCAAGGAUGGAAUGCGAUAAUGUGGCUCUACAGAAAUGGAGCAAAAGAAGAAAAUAAAACGAUCAGUUUUAUUGAGGGGGCGCCAAAAGUUAUUGAUUGGGUAGAGUCCCUUGGGUUUGUGGCUUACAAUAUCCCCACAAGGAUUUCACCUAAGUUAGGCAUGAUCUAUAAAAAGUAUGACCAAACAUUGCAAGAGACUAAAAGACUUCUAGAUGAUGUCAAUGUUGACAUUCUUGCAGAGACUUUGGAUGGCUUUGUUGGAUUGCAUGCUCCAUUUGGUAAUCCAGAACAUGAUGAUGAUGAGCUUGUGAACAUCAAGCCUAUUCAGCAAGUGUCUCCUAUGGAGGAGGAGGAUGUCUCUUAUUAGUAGGGUGAUGCUGACGUUUCUUCACCUACUAGAAUUGUGCCUCUGGAGGUUGGUCCAAGUAAUUGGACUAAUUAUUAUGUGUAGAAUCUUUAUAUUUAGGUUAUAUAUACAGAUGCAGUUGGGAUAGGUUCUUCUACUGUAAAUACAAUUAUACAUCGAACAAUUUGGGUUCUACAUAUGACCCAUUUUGAUGGUUUCUCUAGUUAGGGUUGUCUACGUAAUUUCGGUUAGUAUUUUUGAACAAUUAACUUCUUCCCUCCUAGAAAAUUUGUAGGG